AUGAGCAGCCCCGCUGGCGGACCGCUUCUUACGUCCCUGCCCCAACGGUCGCGCAACCCCCCAUUAUUGCUGAAAUACGGUCUACAAGGAUGGGUGAGUGUUACCCCAUCUGGCACGGGAUCACAGGAGACUGAAACGAAACGCUUCGAGUAUCUCGCGGUCAACGGCGACGUCCUGCUGCAAGGCGUCCUGAUCGCACAGACCGCCACGUACAUCGGACACGGUUAUCACCGGACAGACCCCCGUCCCCUGCGGCUGUGGGUGGCCGUUCUCUUGCUCAGCACUCUGGGACAGACGGUCUACGCGCUUGUUUGCACACAACUGCAGAUUGAAGAUUUUCCUGCGUUGUUCCAAUCCACCAAAUCGUUUGAUGAUUAUCUGGACGACUUCCAUGCGUCGGAAAUAUUGGGGGUGCUGCUGGUGUACUAUGUGCAACUCUUCUUUUGUUGGCGCACCUGGACGCUCUCAAGACGACUGUGGAUCCCAUUCGGUUUGGCGUUCAUUCUCACGACAGCCUUUGUUUGCGGAGUAGUUUCCAUUCUCGAUGGUUGGGGCACCAGAGUCCCUUGGGCGGCCGCGUAUCUGACGCUGCUCUUCGCCGGGGAUGGACUGCUCAGCGGAGCCACCAUGUACCUUCUGCUCACGAUCGCAAAGGACGUGUCGCGCGACACGGCCAGCAUCCUGGAGCGCCUUUCGAGAGUGACAAUACAGUCUGCCCUCCCUGGUGCCGUCUGCACGCUCAUCAAUCUCAUCGCGUCCCAGACGUCGCCCAGCUGGAGCGGAGCAGGCGGCCCGCAGGACCCCGCAGCAGCAGCGACCAUCGUCUCAAACGAGCUGCUGCCCAAGCUCUACGCGUUCUCGGCCAUGUGGAUCCUGAACAGCAGGAAGAGCCUGCGGAAGGAGCUCCAUCGAGACCUCGAGGGGAGUGGGAACGGCCACCCGCUGAGCAUCGAUGUCGCCACGUCCGAUUCUCUGGAUCGCGGCGGCGCAGAAGGGUCGAGAAGCCACAGCACUGUCCAUUUUGCAGCAGGGCCCGGGGAUGCGAGUCUCACUUACACAGUUCCGAUGAAGGAUGACGACGAGCACGAGGAGGAGGAGGAGGAGCACACACACCGAAGGUAUCGUUCCAAGAGAGUGGAUCUGGAGCAAGCGCUGCGCACUAGACUUGAGCUGGAGGGCAGGACGUGACACGCUGACCCGGCACAAGGGGUAAAACGGACAUUUGAUACCAGUAGUAUUCUUAACAAUUAUUUAUUGACAUUUGA